AUGAUUGCGGAUGCGGGUUGGUCGGCAAAGGACAUCGCCAAGGCGCGGGCGCGCUGCCGUAAGUGGAUGGCGCGAGUCUCCAACCACCUCUCUCCUCUCAAUGGGUACGUUGCUGUACCUGGUACCGAUGAACCGAUGGGCUACAUUGCCUUAAAUGGCGGCGUACAAGCAGGUGCCAACCCAUUUGGGCUGCGCCAAUCCCUGCGCGAGUACACAGGGCUGGCGGAUGAAGCAAUGACGAUUCACUUCAGCCCACACCUACCAUUUGCCUUGGUGUGUCCCUCUGGGAACGUCAAGACUCUGACGCCGUUAGUCACAGAGUCUUUCACGAUUGAGGUGCCGAAUGAACCUGUGGCUGUCUCAGUGUACAUGUUGCAUGUGGCGAACCUGUGGAGCGGUGGGUCCUCUCCGAACACGGGCCCCUCGCUGCUGUAUCUUCUUUACUGCAAGGCAAGCGCCGUGCUAGACGCAUGUCGUCAUGUGUUUCAGCUGCCGACAACGGGGGCAGAAAAGUUUUUGCAUGUCAAUAACGCACAACGAUUAAUGAAUGGCGGUUCCGCUUGCCGUGAGCUUAUGUGUGAGCCAGUUGUGGAAGUGCCCGGGCUCUUUGUUGUGGAAGACUUCAUCACAUCGGCGGAACAUGAUUUAAUUUGGCAGGAGCUGAAGGGGUCGGGCGCUUCCACGUUGGAGGUGGAGAACCUUGCGCGGCGGCGUGUCGCGCACUUCAACAGACGUUUCUAUUACGGUGUGAACAAGCUGGGCGGUGAGGGGGACUCUGUUAACCCGAAGCCGACUUUCUACGACUGGAUGCAGCAGCGUCUGCGUAAUGCGGACGAUGCAGUUCACAUCGAGGGGUUGCCUGCUGCGGUGCAGGCCACUGUAUGUGACCAAUUGACUGUGAAUUUUUACGACUACGACAGUGACGGCGCAGCGGCACCGGGUAUCGCCCACCACGUGGACGCCCACUCGCCAUUUGGCGAGUGCGUGUUGAUUGUCUCGCUCGGGUCACAUACCGUGAUAGAGUUUUGCCGGCAUGAAACACAACCGGUGGUGGUGCAGCCAAUUGGGGUAUUUGCGGCGCCGCGCAGUCUGCUGCUCAUGACAGGUGACGCGCGCUACGCGUGGACGCACUGCAUCGCAGAGAGGCGUGUCGAUAUGGUGACGGAUUCAAUGCCGCCGCUGCGGCGCGGGGACCGCGUGAGUCUCACAUGGCGGCGUGGCCGAGAAGGGCCGCACAGACGCUCGGACUGCAUCUGUAAGGAGCUGUGCGAUGGCGAGUGA